AUGCUGCUGAUAUCCGGAAUCAAGUCCCAGUUCUUGCUCUUCUUCCUGGUGCUUUUCGCGAGCCACGCGAUCCACGCGAUCCACGCACAAUCCGCCGACGCCUGUAAGGCAGGGGCAUGCCUCGACUUCCGGUCUCUGUCUGCGAGCUGCGGCUACGACAUUGAUCUCGACCAGUCGCGGGCAAAGACCUAUGACGAGACGAUUGGGGGAACGAUUGCUACGAAGCGUAUUCGCAGCCUGCGCCGCAGAAGUCCGCCGCCGCCGCCGCCGUAG